UUCCGCGUUUGUUUAACCCGGCUGUGUAAUUGGUUCUGCUACGUUUCUCGCUUGCUCUCCGGGCAGCGGGCGCCGGCGACCCGGCGGGGGCUGCGGGCCGGCACCUUCCGGGGAACCUGCGCGGGCCGGGGCUGGAAGGAGGCUCGGCCCCCACGCCCUGGGCACCUCCGCGGGUCCGAGAGCCGGAGCGCGCGUCCCCUGACCGCGGGAGCCUGUCCCUGGGGGCCCCUCACCGUUACCCCAUCGUUGCUGCUGGGCGCCGGCCUCCCAGGGUCGCUGUGGCCGGGCGCCCUGAGGAUGGGGCGGCUCUGAGGGAGUUUGGAAGGGUACUUUCGAAAAGAGGAAGUUUACAGCGACGUUGCAUCAGCGACACACCCUGCAGUCUCAAGCCCUGAGGAGACUGUAACUUCUGUGACGUAACAAUUCUGACAAACUUUAGAGGUUUGUUGUUUGCUGCUGGCCAGGCAUAGAUUGGGAGGACAAGUUAUUUUUCAAAGGAUGGUAGCAAUGCAGUCAUUCCUCAGUUGUUCCAGGACUACUAGGCUCAGCAUUACCUCUAAACCUACUGGAAUGCAAAUUUUGGAAUCUUUCCUCAGAUAUACUGAAUCAGAGUCUUUGAGCAAGCCUCCAGUGGUCCUCAUACACCUGGAUGCUAAUGUUGAAGAAUUACUGACCUAGCACUAAAGAAUACCCACUGUGAAGUCACAGAUAAUGGAAUUUGAAUUGAGUGUGGUAAUAAUAGAACCUUGGACAGAUCCCUUAAAUGGUACUUUAUGGGACUGUAAAUAUUCCAAGUGAAGACUCAAGAAAAUUGUUUAAUACCAGUAAAUACAAAACACUCAAUGAACUGCUGGGAUCUUCACUAAAUUGGCCUCUUACGUUUGAAGCAGUGAACUGAAAUCUAAGCUUCAAAUAAGAGCUGAUUCACCUUCUUGAAUUCCCUAAAACCUGACCACGUUCCCAUCACUGGGCUGUUUUCCUGCUAUCUGACCAUGCAGCGGAGAUCAAGAGGAAUUAAUACUGGGCUCCUCCUGCUCUUUUCUCAAAUCUUGCAUGUUGGGAUCAACAAUAUUCCACCUGUCACCCUUGUAACUUUGGCUGUCAAUAUCUGGUUCUUCUUGAACCCUCUGAAGUCCCUGCGUAACUCCUGCCUUAGUGUGGAGAAGUGUUACCAGCAAAAAGACUGGCAGCGCUUGUUGCUUUCUCCCCUUCACCACGCUGAUGAUCGGCAUUUGUAUUUUAAUAUGGCAUCCAUGUUGUGGAAGGGAAUACGUCUGGAGAGAAGGCUGGGAAGCAGAUGGUUCGCCUAUGUCCUCACUACAUUCGUCCUGCUCACUGGGGUGGUUUAUUUGCUCUUGCAAUUGGCUUGUGCCGAAUUUAUGGAUGAGCCUGUCUUCCUAAGGAACUGUGCUGUAGGUUUCUCAGGAGUUUUGUUUGCCUUGAAAGUUCUUAACAAUCAUUAUUGCCCUGGAGGCUUUGUCAACGUUUUGGGCUUUCCUGUACCCAACAAACUUGCUUGUUGGGCAGAACUGUUGGCUAUUCAUUUCCUCUCACCAGGGACUUCCUUCGCAGGGCAUCUGGCCGGGAUCCUUGUUGGACUAAUGUACACACAUGGGCCUCUGAAGAAAAUCAUGGAGACAUGUGCAGGCAUUUUUCCUCCUAAUACUGGAUACCCAAGGCAGCAGUACUACUUUAACAGUUCAGGCCACUCUGGAUAUCAGGAUCAUCAUCCGUAUGGCAGCGCAGGGUACAAUGAAGAAGUGCCCGGAAACUAUGAUGUGUACACCGCAGGCCUAAGUGAAGAGGAGCAGCUAGAGGAAGCAGUAAGAGCUAGCCUCAGGGACCGAGGAAAUGCCAGAAAUAGCCCACCGCCUUACGGGUUUCAUCUCUCACCCGAAGAAAUGAGGAGACAGCGGCUUUACAGAUUUGAUGGCCAGUGAGGUGGCACGGCUUCUUCGGAGGACACGGUCCAGUUGUGUCCCUGUUGCCCACGUGGCUCUCUCCCCAAACCUCUAACUAGUUUUAAACAAAAGCAGAGUACACAGUUAUCAUCCCAUAUUGCUCACGUCUGCGAUGGAGCCUCACCCUGUGGCCCAUGCGAGCCCAGGCUCAUGCACCAGAUUGAAUGUCAGAAGCCAGGUUUGUUGAAAGCAGCUCUGAAAGCCAGGAGUAGCCAAUCUCCUGGCCUUAUUCUCUGUCCCAAACAGAAGGUACCUUCCUCGGUGUCGGGACCAGUUUCCACGCUCCUUUACCUCCCUCCUCCUCAGGGUGUCCUCACCUUGUUUUGAUUUUGAAGACAGAGACUUUCACCGGGAGGUUUUGUUUUCAGCAGUUUGGAAGAUCAGACCCUCAUCCAGCCCAGAGCACUGGAUGCCUGACUUGGCAGGAGGUGAGCCCUGUCCGCUCGUCUGCCUGGCACGAUGCUGUGGUGCCCAUCCAGGAAGGCACUGUGGCUGCCUUCCCAGCGUGCUGUUCUGUUUCCCUUCACCCAGGCACCUCGGCUCGUUACAGUGUCCUGCUUUGCUCUCACUGCAGAAGCAUAAGAAAGACCCAAGGUGGGGAAAAGGCCAGCAUAUCCAUGAGACAGCAGGCCACACCAGCAGGAACCACCCCUCCAGAGGCAGUAAGAGUACCUGAGAGGUGGGCGUGUCAUGUAAUCAGCAGAGCAGCAGCACGCGCCACAUGCAGAGGGGAGCAAAGACACUCAGUGGACUGGUCACUAGAAAUCCUUCUCGCAAGAAGUAUUCCUCUUCCUCAUAAAAGUGCCUUUUAACUGGCCGCUGUAACAGCUGUUUGUCCUGCACAAGUGUCCAAAACGUGCCCCAGGGCCCUGCGGUAUCACCGUACACAGACUGUCUGCCCAAGCCAUCCGAGGCAUUUCCUGGUGCUUGUGUUUCAUGAAUAAAAGGACAAAGCCAGAACAUCACUAAUAUCUUACUGUUGUGGAGAUAGUUCUUUUUAAAGAGACAAAGAAGAAAAUGGUCUCCUCCUUUUGACUGAUCUGUCCCUUAUGUACAGCUUUGCAGUUGUGAGUGAGGGGUGUACCAUCUGUGUUUAUGGCGCAGACGUCUGGAAUGAAGUACCCCAAUGUUAACAGAGGCUGCCUUUGGGGGCAGAGCACAUGGGGUUUUUGUGUUCUCUUAUUUAUAAUUUUAUGUGGUAUUCUUUAAAAAUGUCUGUAUGUGAAUAUAUUACAUCUGAAGUCAGGAAAACAGAUUUAUAUAAUCAAGAAAUAACCAGUGAAAACAGAUUUAAUAAGUAUUAUAUAUCCAUUGAGAAAAUUCACACUAUAAACAGAAAUACAUACAAAAUUUUAAAAUUACCUGUAUUUCUACCAGUUAAAGGUGCCCAGUUUGGAGGACCUGCCUUCGCAAUUUUUCUUGCAUACAUUUGAUACAUUGGAAGUGUAAUGACUGUGCAGGUAUGUGUCCACCUCCUAAUCUGAACUUCCCUGGGAAAGGCUUUGACACUUUCUUAUAAAUAAGCUAAGAAACCCAGUAAAGCCAGGGAUACCCUGACCUCCCGCUGCCACAGUGAUCCCUGAGCUCCUUGGUUUCAUUUAUAAUUGGUGCAAAGCCAGGUUCUUACUAAUAUGAAUUGUACUUGUGAGUCUGCUAGCUUUAAACAUACUUAAAUUGAAGUGUUCAAGCCCAAACCAUUCCUUUCUCCUAAACUGUAAAUUUGACUUUCAUUUCCGCAUUUAGAGUCUACCACUUUCUUCCACGCCAUCUUUCCAUAGCACAUGCAAAUUCUAAUAUAUAUUGUCAUUAUUAUUAUUAUUAUUAUUAUUACCAUUAAUGCAUAACUACACUAAGAAGUGCCAUCUACAUGGGAGCGUGGAGCAUGGGUCCCCCUCAUUUAUCGCCUCAUACUCCUCCCCCUUCCCUGGCUACCACCUAAAGACUUGUGAUCGGGACUCACUAAACAUUAGUUUUCCACUAGUGUUUUUUCAUUUGCAUUAAAAGUCAAAUCACGUAUACAUAGAAGUUUGUUGUUUUGUUUGUUUGUUUGAGUCCCAUCAUAGUCCCUCCUUAUGCUGCGCGACCGGACACGAAGUGGAAUCAGAUUUUGAAGGCUACCGCUGUAACGCACGCAUGCCUUAUCAGGGAGUUGAGUAUCGCCGCACACUGAGACAUGUAAAAAGGGUCAUUUUAGCUAUAAAUAUAAAUCAGUUAUUUUUACACAACAAUAAAGAUGUUCUAGAAAUUCUUAAAA